CCGCAAUCGCAAUGAUUGAUACCCAUAGUGCAUCCUGCAUGCAUACUAUUGAAGCCUAUGCACAUGGGCUGGGUGAACGCAAGGGAUAAAUUUAGGCUAGGUAUUAUCUUAAUGUCAUACAUAGUGCUGACCAGAAUCACCACACCAGUGGCUCGAGAUUCGAAUAUGACUUACACCACGUGGAUGAUUUGUUUUCGCCAGAUCCCAAGUGGAAGAGCAUGGAGUCGAGCAGUAGCGGGAGACCGAAUCAGACAUGUCAAUGGGAGGUCUAGUGCUGGGCCCAUCGCUUGGUGUCGCUGCUACUUUGUAUUCUACGAGGGGCAUGUAUGGAAAAUUUAAGUAUUCACCAUUCAUCAUCCCUUGAUAGCUUUAUGAUACAGACUUGAAAAAAAGGAGAGAGAGAAAAAAACAAAUAGACAAAUAGAAAGGAUACAACAAUCAACCCAUGUACUCCCGACCCUAAACCCCACCAAAUG